AUGCUGGGGCAGAGGUUUUACAUGGGUUUGGCAGACAGCUUGAAGGCCAAUGUUGAUGCUUCAGCGGGUGGAGCACUUUUGAGCAAAACAUUCAGAGAAAUGCCCAUUGAGAUAGAUGAUUCAGCAGGGUUAACUGAGGUGACGGUACAGCAUGCGCAAGAGAACGCCAACAAAGAAAAAGAGGUUCUGAAAGAGACUGAGGUUCUUACGCGUUACUCAGCGGGUGCUGUAGCGAAACUGAUUGCAAAAGAGGGGAAAUCGGCCAUAUUAAAAUUACCUUCUGGGGAGGUCCGUUUGAUAUCCAAAAACUGCUCAGCAACAGUCGGACAAGUGGGGAAUGUUGGGGUGAACCAGAAAAGUUUGGGUAAAGCCGGAUCUAAGCGUUGGCUAGGUAAGCGUCCUGUAGUAAGAGGAGUAGUUAUGAACCCUGUAGACCAUCCCCAUGGGGGUGGUGAAGGGAGAGCCCGGGGCUUUAGCCGUCUUUGGUUUCAUUGCUUGUUGUUUUGUCUGGUUCAAUAA